GCAGACCAAUGAAUUCAUGAAAUUGGUUGAAUGGGAAAGAGUUGGUUGACCAAAAGUUUUCUAUUCAUAGCUUUAUGUAGUUUUAGCUUUGUAUUGGCUAUUUUGAUUUAUAUUGUUUUCUACUUUUUGAUGAUACCUCCCACUUUUUAUCGUAUGCCCUUGUUUUUUGACUUUUCUUCACCAUAUCCUGUUGCUAUGGUGAAGCUUCCUUGCAAGAAACUUCGUUAUAUGAAUCAAUUGGAAGGCACUUUGCACGUUUGUUUUCCAGAUUCUCCACGCAAUAUGAAUUUAGGAAUGCUCAAGUUUACGCUGGAAUUGUUGGAUACCCACGAAACACUAUUUUAUUCCCGUUUUCGACCUACCAUACUACGUUAUAAGAAUGACUUGGAAAUCAAGAUGGAAACUUGGACUCAACUCGUUUUUCUGUUGUUUGGAUGGAAAAAACGACAACAAUGUCAAAGUUUGGUAUUGCUAGAAUACAAGGAAGUGAGUGGUGAUGGAUUCUUGAGACGUUGCAAAGAGGACUUGAUUUUGAGAAUUUGGAUAAACAAAGCAGAUGUGGAGGUUUAUCAUUCAGAAUUGCUAUUGAAGGGACGAUUGAGAGUGGACCUUAUCAUCCAUCAUCAUUGGUAGUUUAUGGUUUUGGUCGUUUUCUUUUCUU